GGCCCACAUAUAAUAUUACGAAAUAAUUCCAUAUGAAACGAGACUAGAAUCAUCGGACCUCCGAUUUCUAGGUCUUUGUCUUUCCCAACCACCAGAAUUAGUGUCCUAUCUACUUCUCUUUCCCUCCAAUUACUCAAGCUGGUGAUAGAAUACAUUACUUCCUUGAGACCCCAAGAAGAAAGAGCUUUUGCAGAUGUUAUCAACAGAGAGAGGGUGCUGGUUCGCAUUGCCACUGCUUCUGCGAGCUUAGGGUCCUCUCUCGGUUUCCUUUAGUUAUCACUGAUUUCUAUUCAACACGCUCUCUUAAAGUAACACCGCCUUGGCGUCUGGUCAAUUGUGAUUGUCAAUGAUACUGGAAAUAGUGAUCUAAGGGAUUGAGGUUGAUUAUAUACAGAGUAUCAUGGGCGCUGUUUGUUGCUGUUUGCAAGAUGAGUUCGACAAUUUUGCUAGCCCAAACAGCUCGAUAUAUAGAAACUGUAUAUGCCUGCGGUGUUUCGUUCAGAACUUCUUGCAUGUGUAUUCAUCAUUAUUUCGUAGAGGAGAGCAACACGCCAUCCCUUCAUCAACUCAAGGGACAACGUCGUUGAGUUCUACUGCAUCUCUUGAUACCUCUCUAUCAGACAUAUACCGUUCUCCUCCGAGGCCACUACCUUAUGAUGCUGACCCUAGAUAUUUCCGCUUACAGCGAGAUGGAUUAGUCUCGAGAAGGGAAAAAGGAUCAAGUCACUCACACGAGGAGACUGAACCUUUACGGAGAAGUGAUACUGAUGAUGAUUCAGAAUCUUUGAGUACAGGAAACAAAUGGGACAAGUCUUGUGAAGAAGAAUCAAAAGAGUACAAUUCUAAAUCUUCAUUGAAGCUGUCAACAGCUAAAACUACUUCUGGAUUUCCUCAUGUUUAUUCUUCUUCGGAAGAUGAAGACGUUUGCCCAACGUGUCUUGAAGAAUAUACCGAAGAAAACCCAAAAAUAAUGACAAAAUGCUCUCAUCAUUUCCACCUUGGCUGCAUAUACNUUUUUUUUUUUUUUUUUUUUUUUAAAUUUUUAAUUUAUCAAAAGACCUUGAGAGAAUACACAAUUUGGGGCACGUGGGAAAGAGUGAUAGAAUACAUUACUUCCUUGAGACCCCAAGAAGAAAGAGCUUUUGCAGAUGUUAUCAACAGAGAGAGGGUGCUGGUUCGCAUUGCCACUGCUUCUGCGAGCUUAGGGUCCUCUCUCGGUUUCCUUUAG